GCGAUGACCAUGAAACUACACGCGGCCCUGUUGCUAACUACAUUCGUGCUCGCCGCACGCGCAGCCUCCAUCCCGGACAAGGUCCCCGAGGCCGAAGAUAAACCUUUAAAUGUCGUUGAGAACUUAUCUAGUGAGCAGGAGCUCAUCGACCAGGCUAAUACGAUUAAGGACAUCGAUAACAGUCUCCGCGCGAACAAAAAAGAAGUCGUCGACAUCCCCGUUAAAGUUAUCGUUGAAGAAAUCAAACCGUCGUUGAAGAGUGAUUUAGAAAACGUUGAAGUGCCGGAUGAAGAUGAGGAAAUCAAGAGGCCUCUAGUCGAUUUAAGAAAUCCCGGGCCCCCGCAGCAUCAAGAGCACGAAACACAGAAUCCUGAACACCACGAAGAUGCUGAAAAAAUCGUUUCUUCCGUCAAAAAUGACAUUAACACAGCGGAAAUCGCUCUUCGUCAAGGCUUCCAGGAAGUGUCAGACGGUAUUGGAAAAUGGUACGCUCGUACCGAGCAAAUUAACGAGCUCCAGGCCAGCUUGCAACAUUUUCAAGAAAAUUUCGGCGCUCAGAUACAAAAGUUGAAUGAAACGCUACAUUUUAUUAAACCAGCUGACGCCAUCGCGGCCCCUUCUGUCGAGGAAACGCAAAAUAAAGCUUCUUUUGAAACAAUCGAAUCGGGUCUCAAGUCUUUAGAGACAAAUUUCAAUAGCGGUCUUAAUCAGUUAUCUGAAGGUAUUCAAAUUGUUGCUACGUUCAAAGCCGACGGAGAGGCUGCAGCUGAAAGUUCCAGUACCGCCCCUGCUCAAAGCACAACAGCUUCUACAGGAACAAGCACCAGUGGCCCUACAAAUCCUUUAAUUCAAAUGGUGACCAACCUCCAGAAUUCAUUCCUGUCCGGAAUGGCUAAUCUCACUCAAGCAAUCAACAACUGGAACUCGAACCAAGCAUGGAGUGUUCCAAAUAUUUUUGGCGGAGCUAACACUGCAGCCCCUCAGUCAGAUGUUCAAGGCGACGCAACCACCACAACGCAGAGACCUGCGCCGUGGCAAAAUCUGCCGUCGCAAAUAAGCAACUUUUUUAAUCCCCAGGGACAAAACAGUAACCAACAAAACCAGAGCGGUCAACAGUCGCAGGUGCCUUCUGGUCUCUUUUCUGGUGUACAAAAUUUUCCAUUUAACUUCCUAAACCUCUUACAACCAAAUAGGCCUGGUGCUCAGUCUACUGAGAAACCCGCUGAAGCGACCAGUACGACCGGAGUCGCGAGUGCCGCUCCAGACAUUGCGAAACCAUCUGAGUCAAAUCCGCCCACUGAAACAAAACCAGAACAACCCGCAGCCGGGCCAUUAAAACAAAUUUUCGAGAACAGCCCAGUUCUGCAAGGCAUCGCAGGAGCAGUUAAAAAGAUCCAAACAACAGUCAAUAAUCCAGUGAAGCCAAGAGAUUCUGAAGUGGUUGAAGAGACUAAAUCUGAGCAAGAGAAGGGAGGCGUCAUUUUGUUGCCAGUACACGGUCACGGCGGUCACGGUGGAAAUGGUGGGGAUAAUAACAACGUCAGUGACGGGUUGAAAGCGGAAGCCGAAGAAAUCAAGGUAUCCACAGAAGGAAAACAGGAAGAGGUAAAAGAGAAAGAAAUAAUAGUAGAAAACAAGACUGAAUGA